AUGCCGCAGCUGGACUCCGGCGGGGGCGGCGCGGGCGGCGGCGACGACCUCGGCGCGCCCGACGAGCUGCUGGCCUUCCAAGACGAGGGCGAGGAGCAGGACAAGAGCCGCGACAGCGCCGCGGGCCCCGAGCGCGACCUGGCCGAGCUCAAGUCGUCGCUGGUCAAUGAGUCCGAGGGCGCGGCGGGCGGCGCGGGGGUCCCGGGGGCCGGCGCCGGGGCCCGCGGCGAGGCCGAGGUCGGGGCCGAGGCUCUCGGGCGGGAACACACUUCGCAGAGACUUUUCCCCGACAAACUUCCAGAAUCUCUGGAGGACGGCCUGAAGGCCCCGGAGUGCGCCAGCAGCAUGUACAAAGACACCGUCUACUCCGCCUUCAAUCUGCUCAUGCACUACCCGCCCCCCUCGGGAGCGGGGCAGCACCCCCAGCCGCAGCCUCCACUGCACAACAAGGCCAGUCAGCCUGCCCAUGGCGUCCCCCAACUCUCUCCUCUUUAUGAACAUUUCAGCAGCCCACACCCUACACCUGCACCGGCCGACAUCAACCAGAAGCAAGUUCACAGGCCUCUGCAGACUUCUGACAUCUCUGGCUUCUACUCUCUGACCUCAGGCAGCAUGGGACAGCUCCCCCACACUGUGAGCUGGUUCACCCACCCAUCCCUGAUGCUAGGUUCCAGUGUACCUGGUCACCCAGCAGCCAUUCCCCACCCGGCCAUUGUGCCCCCCUCAGGGAAGCAGGAACUACAGCCUUAUGAUCGAAACCUGAAGACACAGGCAGAAUCCAAGGCAGAAAAGGAGGCCAAGAAACCAACCAUCAAGAAGCCACUCAAUGCCUUCAUGCUGUACAUGAAGGAGAUGAGAGCCAAGGUUAUUGCAGAGUGCACACUCAAGGAGAGUGCUGCCAUCAACCAGAUCCUGGGCCGCAGGUGGCACGCACUGUCACGGGAAGAACAGGCCAAGUAUUACGAGCUGGCCCGCAAGGAGAGGCAGCUGCACAUGCAGCUAUACCCAGGCUGGUCAGCGCGGGACAAUUACGGGAAGAAGAAGAGACGGUCCAGGGAGAAGCACCAAGAAUCCAACACAGGAGGAAAAAGAAAUGCAUUCGGUACUUACCCGGAGAAGGCCGCUGCCCCAGCCCCUUUCCUUCCGAUGACAGUACUCUAG